ACCGCCUGCAGCUCCCGCUCCCGCUCAGCUCAGCUCUGCUCUGCUCGGCUGGGGACAUGCAAGCCACGCUGCUCAGCAUCCUGGGGCUGGCCCUGCUUGGGGCUCUGCACGCGCAGAACAGCAUUCCUGUGCAAGCUGACUUCCAGCAGGACAAGCUUGCAGGGAGAUGGUACAGCAUCGGCCUGGCCUCCAACUCCAACUGGUUCAAGGACAAGAAGCACCUGCUGAAGAUGUGUACCACAGACAUUGCUGUCACUGCAGAUGGCAACAUGGAGGUCACCUCCACCUACCCCAAGGGUGAACAGUGCGAGAAGAGGAACAGCCUCUAUAUCCGGACGGAACAGCCCGGGCGGUUCAGCUACACCAACCCACGCUGGGGCAGCAACCAUGACAUCCGUGUGGUGGAGACCAACUAUGACGAGUAUGCCCUGGUGGCCACCCAGAUCUCCAAGAGCACCGGCUCCUCCAACAUGGUGCUGCUCUACAGCCGCACCAAGGAGGUUGCACCCCAGCGCCUGGAGAGGUUCAUGCAGUUCUCCCAGGAGCAGGGCCUGAAGGACGAGGAGAUCCUCAUCCUACCCCAGACGGACAAGUGUAUGGCAGAUGCUGCCUAGACUGCUGCUGGAUGGAGGUCCAAGAGCACCACAAGCCGACAGCCACCCCAUCCCAACCCCAGCGCCAUAUCCACCUUUACUUCCUGGCUUUGCACCCCGCAUAUCUGCCCCUGUCCCUAUUAAAGCCCAUAUAAACCAC